AAUUAAGGUUUAAUAAAUACAACUUAAAAUUGUUAAAAUAAACUUGUAUACUUUUCAUAAAAUCUAAUAAUAUUUAAAUAAUUUAAUAACUAACAUGUUAUCUGACUUGAGCAUACAAAUGAUUACGUGGAAUGUAAAAGAGGAGCAAUGUCAUUCCGAUUUAACCCAAUUGCUUGGUAUUGAAACUACCGGUGCUAAUGGCCACCAAUUAGCCGACAUAUACGCCAUAGGCCUCCAGGAGGUGCCCUUUGAGACAAUUAACACUGAGAUACCCACCGAACAUACAUGGGCUAAAAGUUUUAACAAGGUGCUUGAGCAAGUGGGGUAUAGCUGUUUGGAAAAGGUCCAAAUGAACGGCGUUGUACUACUAGUCUUCGCAAAAAGCAACAAGCUAUCGCAUUUCACAUCUGUCCAGUUAUACGCACAUACUUAUUGA